GUACACGGCGUCAAGAUUUGUGGUGGAAAUUCAAGAGAGAGAUGAAGAAAUGAACAAGAAGACAGUUUGAGCAUUCAACUGGAGGAAUACAAAGUCACAGCUGAAAGUUAUAUACACACUGCCAGGACACACUGGAAGUAUCCCUCCUCAUCGGUCUUCUCACAAAACAUGAGCCAGAAAGGAUCAGGAGCAAACAGAGGAAACACCAGCCAGCUAGAGGAAUUCAAGGUUGUUAUUGUAGGAGACAGGGGCUGUGGGAAAACCUCUCUCCUCACCGUUUACACUACAGGAGCCUUUCCAGAAGAAUACGUCCCAUCUGUGUUUGACAAAAGUGUUGUAAAUACGAGGUAUAGAGGGCAACACCUGCAGCUGCAUCUCUAUGACACUGCAGGUCAAGAAGACUAUGAUCGUCUGCGGCCUCUCUCCUAUUACAACGUUAACGUGGUGCUGAUCUGCUACGAUGUCAUGUGUCCUUCAAGCUUUGAUAAUGUCUUCAUAAAGUGGUACCCUGAGGUCCAACACUUCUGUCUUGGGGUGCCCAUCAUCCUUGUUGGGUGCAAAGGAGACCUUCGAACAGACAAAGCCCUGACCAAGAAGCUCUGGGCAUCGGGACAGAAUGUCGUCACUUAUAUUCAGGGAGAAGAGGCCAAGAGGAAACUCAACGCUGUGCUGUACAUGGAGUGCUCCGCCAAAUACCGGGAAAAUGUUGACGACCUAUUCAGACAAGCAGCAAAGCAAGCACUGACGGCAACAAGAGCGCCGGACAAAGUCAAAGAACGGGGUUUGUGUGCUUUGUUCUGAUGCAAGCUCAUGGCUGUGACUGACUGACAUCAGUUUACACUCAAACUGCACGUCCGGACACAUUUCCUGUGUGGUUUUCCCUUCAACUUCAGUUUCCAGGCAUACAUCCAUUUCCUGUAACCGCUUUUCCUUAUCGGGGCCCCAGGGAGCUGAAGCCUUUCCCAGCUGGCAUUGAGCGAGGGCAGGUUACACGCCAGAUCAUCACAGGGCGACUUCAUAGUUUAAAAUACAUUCUGUGCGUGUUUCCUUGUCCUGUCCUAUUUUUGUAUUUGCAUGCAAAUGUUCAAACAUGCUGCUUAAAAAAUGAAUAUAAUCUCACAUAUCAUCUCACAUAUGUUUUAUUUUCAUACGGGCAACAACAAAAACAUCUUGGUGACUUUUUAAACAGAAAAAAGCUGCAGCUUCACGAGCUGCUAACAUCACACAGAAGCAAAACUUACAAUACAGUAUUUACUAAAAAAAAAAAAAAAUCACUUUAAAGAAGUGCAAUGACACAAGCAGUGGAACAUUUCUAUAUACAGUAACAUACAUGGGGUUGAAUAAAUAUAUCACGAAAUGAACCAAAGAAAAACGCCUUUGUUUGUUUCACUGAUCUGUUUUUAAAGAAGGCACGUGUGGCAUCUCCUAUCAGAGGUCUCUCAAAGAGUGUGCAGUUGACCUGAAUAAACUUUAUUCCUUGUAAAAAGUAACAAUGACCACCAGUCUGUAAGUUAUUUACCCCUUACGGCUCCUCGUACUCAACUACAUGUCUCUAUAUACGCAGAUGAUACUAUCUUUUAUAUGGAUGUUGAUAUCAUCUGGUGGGGACAAUUGAAAUGCAAAUUUUAGGAGCUUGUGGUCUACAGAGGUUAUUACAUGACCAAGACUCAGCAUGUGUAGGGGGUGGUUAAUAGAAAACUGAUAAUCCAAUUAAAAAUACAGCGUUACCUUGAUAUAAAUACAGAAAUGUUCGAAUAUUCGGUUAAGAAUUUAAAUGCACCUGAUAAAAAUGUUCUUCACAUUGUACUGUGAGCUUGUUGACCAAAAAAAGUCUAAACAAAACAUUUUAAAUCUCAUCUUCAGGGGAAGGGAUUUUGGGUUGUCAUAUAAUAAUGUGAGAAGUUUGUCAUCCAGCAUUAUAUAUGUGCACAUUUCCUCAUUUACCAAGCUUGGACAGAGUUUUUGUACCAAUGUUACAGUAAAAACUGACAAAGAAAUGUAAAGAUAAAUGGUCAAACCCAAGUAAAAACAGUUCAACAAUGUGCCACAGGACAAACAACACAACCUCUAAUCCACUUUUUUUUUUUAAAUGUAGAACCUAAACAAAGUGUGACCAUGCUCAAACUUGUAAACUAUGAAAAGUACAAAACAUACAAACUUAAACACAUUUCCAAUACGUGCAUGCUUUGUAAUAAUACAUUCAAAAAUACUAAAGCCAGUAACCGUUUUUAUAGAUUACAGUAUAUAUAUAUAUAUUUAAACUGCAAAAGCAACGUGACAUUGAGCAAAUUUCUCUCAUUUUUGUCCGAGCUUGAUUUUCUAGUAGUAACACAGGUUAAAAGCAUUCCCUGACUAGCAUUUAUUAAGUGUUGAAGUGUUCUUUCACCUCAGGUUGCACACGAAUACUGUUGGACAUUAACAUUAAUAUGUUUGUUUUGUCAACAAGGUCUUCCUCUAGUCCUAAUUUUCCUAUGCAUACAAAUUUUUGGUGCUCCUAAAAAA